CAUUUGCUCAGUUAGACUUACAUUGUUAUUUAAAAUACAUCUAUCCUUUAUCAUGUGCCACAAAUUCGUCUGCGCAAUCGUGAUCAGUUCAAUUUUAGUUACCAAUAUCAACUGUUAUGAUUCCAAAUACGACAACGUCAACUUGGACGAGAUCUUCAAAAGUACUCGUCUGCUCAACAACUACAUCAAUUGUUUGAAAAAUGUGGGACCCUGCACUCCGGAUGCCAAAGAACUGAAAGAACUCCUACCGGACGCCCUCGAAAGUGAAUGCCGCCACUGUACCGAGAAGCAGAAGAUCAGCGCCGAACGGGUGAUCAACUUCGUGGUCGAUAAUCGGCCGGCCGAUUUCAAAGUCCUAGAAUCGAUUUACGAUCCGGCCGGGGAAUACCGACGCAAAUUCCUGCGCGAUCAUCCGAAUUUUCACGAUCAAGGUGACGACGCCGCCAGUGAUGCAACGACGGAAAAACCCGACGAUCAACCAGCGGCGACGGCGGCGACCGGCGAAGAAGCAUAGACGCAAGAUCAAGGUCGAUCAACGGAGGACGAUCGAUGGACGAUGACGGCUGCGGCGGCGAUGUUAGAAAUCGGUCAUGUUUGUCUUUCUCAUUUUCGUGAGGGAGUGUGUGAAUUGGCUCUGACGAAGAUGAUGUGUUGUGAUUAAAUAUUUGCAGAAGAAAAUAAGUGUUUAACUUUUGAUCAUGCAUAUGUAUGGAUGGCAUGAAUGUAAAAACGAUAUGGAAGAUGGCUAUUUGUUGAACUCACAAGUGUUAAGUGGUUGGUGAUCUGUACAUAAGGGAGCGUCUAUAAAUGACGUAGCUUUUAAGGGAGACAGGGGAGUCUGCGAUUUUGUGACAAGCCAUUCAUUAGGUAUGUGAAUAUAUGCUACGAGGGGGGAGGGGAGUAAAAAAUUCGGCCAAAAUAGGCUACGUCUUUUAUGGACGUUCCCUAGGUCUAGAAAUUCAAGUGAUUAAAAAUACAUGUAAAAUAAUGCCUGGUGAAUUUGACUGGUUUGUCGAGAAACUAUUUAGACCCAACCUAUGCUUUUGUGGAAAUAAUUCACAGGGUUGGACCAUUUGGGCAAAAGGACCUAUUUUUAGCACUUUGGGCUCUAUUACAGUAAGUUUUGUGAAUAAAAAUUGACUUGUAAUUUUAACAUGGGCAAACACUCACAUCUGACUUUGCACAAACAAUCAAGUCAAUUGGUACAACUUUGUUAGAUCACGAAGUGCUCAAAAUUGGCUCCCUAGCCCAAAUAGUCCCAGAAGCCUCGUAGCCGUGCAGUUAGGGUCACCAAGCUUAUAAUCGCACCAUGCUGUGGGGUGAGGGUUCGAUUCCCGCUUCGGGCGUUGAAACUUUUGUGAGAAUAGUUUCUUCCCCGUUUCCACUGGUGCAUGCUCAGUUUGUCCGUUCUCAAGUGUUAAGUUUAAAACAGUCUGUACAGUCGAAAGCGUUGUCCGUGUCUUUUUAAAGACCCCAAUAAAAAUUGAAUAAGUUAGUCAUGAAA